UGUCAAUCUUCAUUUUUAAUAUAAGAUGGAUAUUUCUUACAUAUAUACGCAGAAGAGAAAAGAAUUUGGAAAGCCUUGCAAUUUUACAGACGUUGGACCACACAUAUUAGCAGAAAUUCCUUCUAAUAAGGCACUUCAAGACGAGUUUUAUGUAGUCUCUUCAGUGAGUAGAGAAGUAGACAACUCUACUAAAGUUGGCAUACAUGAAGUCAAUACAGAAUCUCGACAAAAAGAAAACAGAGGCAUGAAUCACACUGAAGGUGGAUGGCCAGCUUCAAUUGACAUAACCGACGAGGACAGCACUGCAAGAUUUCGGAAGAAAAUCGACAAAGAUAAAAAUUAUGUGAAUUCUGUGAAAGCAAUGGGUGAGUUUCUUGAAACUUUUAUCAAGGAAAACAAUUCCAUUGACAUCUACGAGGAGUACUUCAAAGAAGAAGGUAUAGAGGUUAGUGACGAAGGAUCUUUUAAUUUCUCGUAUGUAUUGCGUGAUCCAUCGAAGAUUGCAAGAAAAGUGGUAGAUUUGUCAUGGGCGUUAGAUGCAACAAAAAUAGCAGGUGCUUAUUCCAUAAGUGAUUUUGAUACAGCUUGUACAGAUUCUUUUGUGUGGGACAUACAAAACAACGUUGCCCCUUUCUGCUCUUUAACACCAGAGUUUCAAUUAAACUGCGUUAGCUUCUCUCCAAAUGACUUGAACUUACUUCUAGCUGGCCUCAGUAAUGGUCAAAUUGGUUUAUGGGACAUUAGAAUCUCUGGACAUGCACAGCAAAUGACAGAAGUGCACGAAAGCCAUUCGCAAGUUGUAACUGGCAUCAAUUGGCUGGAAACUACAAGUAAAAUGGAUUUCUUUUCCGUAUCUACGGAUCGAAAAGUUUUAUCUUGGGAUGCACGUUACCUAUUAAAAGCAACUCAGGUAGUAACACUAGAGCCAAGUACUUUUAAAGACAUUGGUGAAAACUGCAGCGUUACUUGUUCUGAGUACGACCGCACAGUCCCUAAUAAAUGCAUGCUUGGUACCGAGCAAGGAACAAUUUUAUGCCUGAAUAGAAAAUCAGAAGAAAAGAUUGAAAACAUGUAUAAAACUCAAUCGGGACCAGUAAUUUCUGUCGAGCGUAAUGCAUUCUUUCCUCAACUAUUCGCUUCUUGUAAUCCUUGGGUUAUUCAAGUUUGGUCAGAAGGUUUUAGUGAGUUUCCUAUAUUAAAUAUACGAACAGGGAACGGAUAUUUUACUGACUUUGCUUGGAGUCCACUUAAACCUUGUUUGCUUUAUACCAUCAACACUACUGGAGAUUUAGAUAUUUGGAGUGUACCUGUAAAGCCGAUCCAACCUCUUAAGCGUAUAACAUUGGGAAAAGAAGCUCUCUGUAGUAUUUGUAUCAGUGAUAUCGAUAGUGCUAUAGCUUGUGGUUCUCUCAAUGGGAACAUAAAUAUUUCAACGGUACCAAACUCAUACAAAUCAACAACGCCAGAUGAGUUGGAACUUACCUCAAACUGUAUUACACUUGGCACUUUCGCUGAAGGCAAACCUCGAGCUCAACGCCUGCAACAGCUUGAGCUCAGAGAGUAUGAUACAGAAGAAAAAUUAAUAGAGUAUUGGGAUCCUCCAGAAAAAGCUGAAGAUUUACGCAAUGAAUUACAAGAUAUUUUUGAAAAACAUACUUUGGAAUUGAAAAAAGUGCAUGGUUAUCAAGAAUUUUAA